GGGGCGCGCUCUGGCCUCCAAGACGCUUGCGUACUAGGGAGUUUCUGCCGGCGAGGCGAGCGGCCGGAGGCAGUGAUAAACUACACUUCCCAGCGCUCCUACGCAACGGAAGUGACGCAAGGAGCAGCUGGGUUGGGAGGGUUUGGGUCGGGGCGGGGCUGCCGGCAAUGGAACCAGUGCUCCCGGCUUCUCAACAAGCCGACGUUCAGCCAGACCCGGUCACGUGAGCGAUGUAGAGGUGCAGAACGCUCGGAUAGCUUCUUUGAGGGUUUCCUGGAAAGUGCGGCAGUGGGGCUGCGGGUCAGAAAUCCUGCGGUCACAGCCCCCCAGGCUGCAGGCUCCGGCCCGGACGGGGCUCAGACACCUCCUGCAGACCUCUGGGGCCUUGGCAGCACCAUCGGAAGUCUCCCGGUACUGCGGCCGGUUCGGACCACCUCCUUCCCCAGGAGAGGAGCCGGGAUUGGGUACCACGAGUUUGUGGAAAACUGCGGACUCAAAGACUUCGUUGAUCAUUUGACGCACCCUUUCAAAAAGUGUUCUCCUGGGCAGUGCAACUCCGAUUUCGCGGAGCUGUACCCCUGCGGCCGCGGAGCCCAGGCCACUACCCCGGCUGGGAGCCGCGGCAGGACCCAGCAUUGCAGCAGAGAGGUGCUGGCCCUACUUUGGAGGGCUGGGCCAGGGCUCUCAGGAGCUGAAGAAACAACUGCAGGCGCCCAUGUCACCAGCGAGUUCGUCUCUCGUGGACAGCAUUUUGUCCUGCCCUUAGUGCUGGUCCUACUGCUAACCCGCUUCCUCCUCCUGCAAAGGCACCACUGGCACAAGGGAAACGUCCUUUCCCCUCCCUGCCCUGGCUUGUUUCGAAGGCCCCAGCACCUACACCCUCAUCUUGCACUCAGCCUCCCUGAGCCUCAGCCUCCUCAGGCACUUUGGAGACGGAACACGGGAAGUCCCUCUGAUCCCAGGAGCACAGGAGCACAGGUGAGUUGGGGACAGCCACAUCCACAAGGGGAGGGUGGGCUGGAAGCCUGCCCUUCCUCUUUAUUCUAGCCUGUUUCCCAGAGUGGGUGGGUCUGGAGACACACCCAUCUCACCUCUUGGAGGAGCUGGAGGAGCUGAUGGUGCUGCUGCCGGACCCUCAGGCUGGGCCUAGUGGUAGCAUGGCCUAUGGUGCCACUCAGCAUUUUGCUGCAAGAUACGGGCUGCCUGGCCCACCUUCACCUACUCCCUGCGGCCCAGUCGCUUGCCACUGCAGGCCCUGAUUGAGAUGGUGGUGGCAAGGGUACU